GCUCUGGAGAGAAGCUCUGCUGCUGUUGUUUACAUGUUCUUUGACUCUCUCCGCUGUUGCUGGCACAUUCACUUUCAUGUUGUACCAACUUGGGAUGUCCUGUCAGUAUAUUGGUGUUACAUGGCUGCAUAAAUGGCAGGGAAACUGGGAUCCCAGCAACAAAUGGCAAGUAGUAGAUUAAGUGGAAACUUCUGUCUGUUCCUGAGUAGCUACAGAUCGCUCUGAAAGAAAUAAACCAGACUACCGUUCCUCUGGGCAAGGACCUCUAUCAUCCAUUAGAGCAGUAAUCAAGAGAACACUCAUGAAUAGUGCACAUCAAAAAUGCCCCGUGGACGAGCUUCUCGGACUUCUCAUACUGAACAGCAGAGAGAUAGAAGACGUCCUGAGAUUACAAUAGUUGCUGCUGAGCCUCUCCGACCAUCCUCCUGGUUUCUAGGUGGAAAUGUCACUCCACAGGGAUUAGGGUUCCCUCCUCCUUCCCAGGCUAACUGGAGGACAAAUGAUCUUGUUCCAGCUGAGCUUCCACCAUCUUAUGAGCAGGUGAUAAAAGAAAUUAACCAAGUGCAAGUCAGUCCAACAAAUAACAAUAAUGCUGCUGCUGCUUCUAAACACACUGCUACGUCUGCAACACAGACUGACUUUCCAGAAGAAAUAAUCAUCAAUUUGCCAAGAAGUAGUGUAAAAAAUAACCAAACUACUCUCUCUGAAUCUGAAACUGUUCCAGCAGUGCAAAGUCCUCUCAGACCUCCCAGACCCAUCCUGAAUAGCAGUCCUUCAGAAAAUGAGGCUCCCUUAGUUGUCUUUCAAGCUUCUGAAGAAUGGAAGUGCCAAGAAAAUCCCAGUAAUGUGACAGGUCCAGUACCGAAACCAAGAUCAAAAGGCAAUCUCAGACCUGUUGUCAGAGAUAUUCAAAGUAAAUCACAAGACAAUCAGGAAGAAGUGAGUCAGCCUCAAGCUGAAAAGGAGCCAUCUCCAAAUCAGCCUGUGAACCUCUUAGUUGAUAGAUUAUCAGAUAAUCACAUGUUGUUGAACAGUAUGAAUACAGAAAAAAGCCAAAAUAGUAUUGGUUCAAGGAUCAAAGCUUUUGAAUCCCAAACAAGUUCUGAUACCUCAGGAUUAUCAAAGAAACCAGAAAUUGCUCCACGAUCAUUUGGCCCAAGACCAUCAGUAACUGCAAAAAAGCCAAUAGUAGCUCCAAAGCCAGAGCUAGGGGCCAGGAAAGCUUCAGGAGAGUUGGAUUCAUGGACAGGAAGCACACACAAAGCUGCACCCAGAGAAUGGCACCCUGCCCCUCAAGAAGCCAGGAGCGAUGUCGUAACCAAACCUGAAUUGCCAAAGAAACCAAAACCUAAUCUUGUAAAAAGUACUAGUAACAAUUUGCUUGAUGCAAGGAAUGGGGCAGCUUCAGAGAACAAUGUUGGACAAAAGAAAUUCCCAGUUCCUGCUCCAAGGCCACUCAUUCCCAAAAAGUCAUUUUCUGUAGAAAGUCCUACCCCUUGUUCGACUUUACUAAAGCCAGUCAUUGCUGCUCCCGGUCUCUCUGAAGCUGCCCAAGCAGUGGCUUUCAAGUCACUGAGGGAGUCAUCCACUCCAACAAACUUCUCAACAUGUACAUUACAAAGUAAACCAGCUGGGGAAGGAGAUCUUAUCAGUUUUGAUGAUGACAUUUUCCCCCCUAGUUCAGUUGGUUCAGUUCAAGAAUGUACUAGUUCUGAAGCAGCUGCAGAUCCCUUUCAGUUACCCGCCAAAAAUGAGCCUGCAAAAGAACAGACAGUUCAACCAGCUAUAGCACGGAAACCUACUGUGAUCAGAAUCCCAUCUAAACUAGGGAAAUCUUUAAAUGACGUUCCACAUAUCCCUCCACCCCUUCCAGCUGAAAAACCCAUUGGGAACACCUCUGGGGUUGUUGCUGGAAAGCCCAGCAAUGCCAGACAAACAAGAAAAGAAGAAUCUGAACAUUCAGAUCAAACAGGUACUACUUGGACAGAACCUGUGCUGCCCCCUAGAAAAGAUCAUCAACAGCCAUCUUCACUUGCUCCUGUGAUUGGGCUUGGGCUGUGGGAGCAAAGAGGUGGUCUUUGCCCUUCUAAAAAAUGUUGCGCCUGUGGGUGGAAAAAUCAUACCAGCAAGAUCUCUGCGCAAAAGGAUGCUUUUUGCCGAUCCUCGUCUGAUAUGACACUCCAUAAAAGACAUGAUAUGUUUGGAAUGGGAGUCAAGAGAGCAAAGAGUCAAGUCUUAAAAAAACAAGACUCACCAUUACCACCUCGACCUAAACCAGGGCACCCUCUCUACAAUAAAUACAUGCUGCCGGUGCCUCAUGGAAUUGCCAAGGAAGAUUUCUCUCCUAGAAACCCUGGAGAACUUGGCUGUAAGCGUGGGGAUGUUCUUGUGCUGCUGGAGCAGAUUGACAACAAUUACUUUAAGUGCCAAAAAGGAGAGGAAACUGGCAAAGUGCACUUGUCGCAUAUGAAGAUAAUCACCCACCUAAAUGAGCGUCUGAAAAGCAAGCAAAAGGAUUCAAACAAUAUCCAGAGGAUUUCUGACAAAAGUGCUCCUCAUGCUGUAGUUCUGCAUGAUUUUCCAGCAGAGCAUACUGAUGAUUUGGAUCUCCAUUCUGGAGACACUGUUUAUCUUCUGGAGAAAAUAGAUAAUGAGUGGUACAGAGGAAAACAUGGGAAUUGCACAGGAAUGUUUCCUGCCAACUUUGUUAAAGUGAUUAUUGAUGUCCCAGAGGAAGAAAACAGGGAAAAACUAUUGUUUUCAUCAUCAUGCACUAAGGGCCCAAGAUGUAUGGCUCGAUUUGAAUAUAUUGGAGACCAGAAAGAUGAGCUAAGUUUUUCAGAAGGUGAUAUUAUUGUUCUUAAGGAAUAUGUUAAUGAAGAAUGGGCCAGUGGAGAGCUGAAGGGCACAUCUGGUAUUUUCCCCUUGAACUUUGUGGAAGUUAUAGAAGAUCUGCCUGGAUUAGGUGUAGGAACACCACAAAGAAACAAGAAAGAGAGUUCUGCUUGUCUUCCUCAGCCAGAUAGGCGUUCUGGAGAAUGGUGUGAAGCGCUUCAUGAUUUUACAGCAGAAACAAAUGAAGACUUAUCCUUUAAAAAGGGAGACUACAUCCGGAUAUUGGAGCAUGUGGACUCUGAGUGGUACAGAGGGAGGCUGAAUGAUAGUGAAGGCAUUUUCCCAGCAGUUUUUGUUCAGACAUGCUCUGCUAGAGUAAAGACUUCACAAUCUCCAGCAAGGACGAAAGGAAAAGCCAAGGCUUUGUAUGACUUCCAGGGAGAGAAUGAGGAUGAACUCUCCUUCAAGGCAGGUGAUAUAAUAACAGAAUUGGAUUCUGUCGAUGAAGACUGGAUGAGUGGAGAAGUACAAGGCAAAUCUGGAAUAUUUCCCAAGAACUUUGUUUGGGUUCUGUAGGCAACAUAAGAAUGGAGCCUAGUUCUUCUCAGUAGACUUAUGGAAGAAAACACCCAGCACAAAAGCACAUUAUACUUAAGCAGAACAAAGAACUAUCAUCUUCAUUGUUACUUAAUGUUUGACUGCCAAAUAUGAUUUGCACUAUAUUCUGUAGAAAGAGAACCACAAUCUCCUAUAUAAAUGUCUUGAAGUACAAGAAUUUGCCAUGCCACCAAAACUUAAUCAUAUUUUCUGAAUGUUCCACAUCAGCUAACCAACAGAAUUUCCACAGGAGUUUUUCAGUUUCCAGCUAGGAAAUUAAAUGAGAUGCAAUAUCUUACAAGUGAACUGCAUUUUAGUAGUUGACACAACCUGAUAUUUCAUUUAUCCUGUACACAAUUUGCAUAAAUUAAGCUUGUUUAGAAAUGCAUUUGCUUUUCAGAUUCAAGUAUUAUAUGUUAAAUAUGUAUAUCACAUUUUUGAUCUUCAGAUUUACUACUGCUUGAGUAACUGUCCUCAUUAAACAGUAGAAAGUAGUCAGAUAAAGGAUCGAGAGGAUAAAGGUAGAAUUAUCUCAUGGGAAAAUGUCAAGCCCUAACGUAUGUUAGGCACUUUGUAGAGUUUGCCAUUUAAUGUAUGGGAUAUCCUGUCAGAAACCAAACCCUUAACAAGCAGGAGGAUCAAAAGGUAAAGAAAACUUAAUAGUUUAUCAAUCCUUAAACAUAGGGCUGAGUGAACUUGUGAAGUUCAAGAUUUUUGCCGUAGUAGAGCUCACAAAACUGGAGAGGGUUCAUCAGUCUUCUUUUAAUGAAGUGUGUUAAUUCAGAAAGAAGCAGAUACUGUGAGAAAUUCACCUAGUAAGCACAAAGACUUGUUUUAAACAACAAUGAAAAUUAUACAAAUUAAAUUACAUAGACUACAUUCGUAUAAUAUUCAACAUAUUUUCAGAUGAGAAUAGUGCAUUCAAGAAACUAGCACAAUCCAGCUAAUCGUUACCCCACCUACCAUUCUGGGCUGAUACAUAAUAUAAAAACCAAACAUUUAUUCUUCAUUAUAUUACAGUUUGUUCUCCACAUGUUCAGUGGUACCCUAUUCCACCUGCACAACUGACCUUUUGUACUCUCUGAAGAAAAGGCAACUGAGCAAACUGUGUGGUAUAUUAUGUCAAAGGACUAACAUGUGCAGACAAUCUCUUUAAUUGGACAGCAAAUGAAAAUCACAGGCUUUUCAGAAUCUCUCUGUAGCAGGGCAUAAUAAAAAGCCUAGCAUAGGUUAGAAGUCAGAGCAGCAGGGUACUGGUUGAGCAUUGAUAAUUUAAAGUUUGGAGAUGAGGGAACUCUUUUUAGCAAGUUCCAUCUUUGCUAUCUUGAUUUAAUUUUGAAAUCUGAAACCAGCCUCUUUACUGCUCUCUUAUCCUAUGAAGAUGCUUUUCCCCUGGGUUUAUAGAAGAAAUAAGCAGAUCAUAUUGCUAGAGAUUAAUAUAAAAAUCCUGAUAAACUACAAUAGAUGCUAGCACUCAAAAACUUGUCUUAGUCUACUAAAAAUUUAUAAAAGGAUGUUUUUAUUUUAUGCACCCAAAAAUGAAUUGUAACAUCACUUAACAAUGAUUAACCUGUAUGCACCCUUCAUUGGAAACGUCUUCAUCCAUAACACUUGAAAAAGAAACUUGUGUGGCCUUUAUAAUAUGGGUCUCUUGUCGAGAGUUUAAGCAAAAGGGACUCCCUUUCACCAUGGUCCUUUGUCCUGUAAAUAUUUUAAAUAGUAAAACUAAUAGAUAAAGAAUAUUAAAAAAAAAAAAAAAACAACAAAACCCUCUCAAUAUAUUUCCUCCAGAAGAGAUAACUAAAUGAUUGGAGGAGCAGAUAAGGUAUUAGUGUGCAAUGUUUACUUACUGUUGAUUUAGGACUUGUCUACAUGGUGAGGUAAUGAACUCCAUAGUGCACUUCAGAAAUCAAAUCCCUUAGGUGCUGCGCAUUAAUUGGUUUAUGUGUACGACAUUACUGGGAUCUUUAACAUUCUGCUGUUUGAAACAGAGCUCCAUUUAACCAUACUUAGUGAAUCUUUAGUGUGCAUCAACAGAUAUAAUACAGCGUAUACAUAACAUUAAUAUUCCCAUGUUAACAUGCUUUAGAAAUCACACUCCCUCAUAGCUCACAUUAACUUGCUGUGUAAACAGUCCUCUAAUUGUCAGUUCUUUAAAGCUUUGAUACAAAUAUUUUUGAAAAAAUAGUGCUGAAUUUAUAGAUAUACACAAAAAAGGGGUAUGUGAAAAGAUUUGGCUAUAUUGGCAUAUUAACAAUUUUAUCCUUUUAAUUAAAUGAAUGACAUCCAUUUCAUUUCAUCCUUUAAACAUCUAUUUAAUUGAAUACCCCUUGUAUUUUAUUGUGCAACUCCAAUACUAAAUCAGGAAAUAUAGUGAGCAUAAGACCACUUAUAUAUUAUACUUACUAAGUAAUAAAAAGAAUAAAUUACUGGAGCUGCACAUUCAGAACAAUAGCACCAUCUAAGGGCCAUUUACAUUAUUGCAGCUUUGCCGUUUAUGACAAACUUAAAAUUACUUUUUCUUGACAAAAUUAAAUUAACUGAGGUGUUUUGCAAAAAUGAUCUGAGCACAAAACUUUAUACAGAAAAUAAUUUAAAAUCCCUAAUACAAGCACAUGCAAGAUACGGCCUGCCAAGCUGCUGGAUCUGGGACCCUCAGGCACAGAGCAGCCAGCUGCUUCAGAGCAGCCCCAUGCUGCUUUAAGCGACUGAGUGCUCCCUAUGGCUCUCUGCUCUGGGUGCUGGGGGGAGAGGGGAGCUUUGUAGAAACCAGCCAGUGGGAGCUGAGAGAUUUUGCUGGAGAUGGUGGCAGCACUUGAACCUCCCCCACCUGGUGCCUGGAGCAGAGCCACAGGGAACAGCCAGCCAUUUUGAGCAGUCUGGGGCUACAGCUGGCACUGAGCCUGCCCCAGGGUCCUGCAGGACUGCUGGCUGGGAGACGCCUAGUUAAGAACUUCCCAUACACAGCCUGCAUCUGGCAUCCUAGCUUUUCCCUCUUCCCAAAUCACCACCCACUCUUGCCCCCAUGUCACCAUGAGGGUUGCCAGGUGUCCGGUUUUGAACCAGACAAUCCGGUAUUUGAGGGUUCUGUCUGGGAAACAAAUUGAGAAAAUACCAGACAUAUAAAAUG